CACAAAUGGCGAUGGUACGUGGUGUGCAAGUUUUCAGCUCCUCUGGAAGCUAACCCAAGGCACGCAACAGUUAUGAUUGUGUUUGCGCGGGUAACUUGGAACGCGUCAAAUGUAUUGUGACCGUAGUAUGCCGUUUUAGUGCGCGUGUGCCUUUGUUCUGUGGAGUUCGGAAAAAGUCAAGAUGCCGGCGCAGAGGAGUAUUCUGAAUUUCAUUAAACCGGUUCAGAUCAAAAGGCCACUAUCAUCUCUUUCAGAAAAUGAGACACCAACGAAGAAAUUUAAAGAGAGCACAAAGGAAGGCGUAGAAUCGAAAACGGAGUCGCCCACAUCUUCACCCCGAGAGUGGCCGAACGCUGUGAUUGCAAAAAUUAAGCUUACCAGUAAGAGGUAUCCUGCGCUACAUCAUAGUAUUGGUGUCUCUUGGUUCAAGGCCCUGGAAUCGGAAUUUAAAAGUCCGUAUUUUGAGAAGCUUAGCGAAUUCCUGCAACAGGAGCGUGGGAAAAGCCGAAUUUUCCCCCCAGAGGAUAAGGUAUGGACAUGGACGCAAAUGUGCUCCGUUAAAGAUGUGAAAGUUGUAAUCCUUGGACAGGAUCCGUAUCACAACCCUGGGCAAGCGCAUGGACUGUGUUUUAGUGUACCUCGUGGGGUACCACCUCCACCCAGUCUGUUGAACAUGUAUAAGGAGCUGGGAACUGACAUACCAGGCUUCAAGGCACCUGUGCAUGGAAAUCUCUGUGGCUGGGCUCGUCAAGGAGUUUUAUUACUUAAUGCUGUCCUGACGGUUCGUUGCAACAAUGCUAAUUCCCACAAGGAUCAAGGAUGGGAGCAGUUAACGGAUGCUGUUAUUAAAUACCUCAGCAGUAAUCAUAACAAUAUUGUUUUUCUUCUGUGGGGAUCAUAUGCACAAAAGAAGGCAGCAGUUGUUGACAAGAAAAAACAUCAUCUUUUAAAGGCACCUCAUCCUUCCCCACUCUCUGCUCAUCGUGGGUUCUUUGGCUGCAAGCAUUUCUCUCAGUGCAAUGAGCUGCUAAGAAAGGCUGGACGUGGAGAGAUUGACUGGUGUCACCUCCCUGAAGAUCUCAAUUAAAUUGUGUUUCAGUACUUCCUUUAUUUUUAUGUGCCAAUUUGAUGAUAUUAGUUUCUGUACUUGUGUUCAUAAUUUCCACAGUACUGUGAUCUGCUCUUACCUAUAGAUUUUACAGUGACAAAGAGUCAUAUGUUUUUAUUUUUUUUAUUUUCUUUUGUUUUUUUUAUUUACAUUAGUGAAGCAAAUUGAAAAAGUUCUGUACUGGAGCUGUAUUAAGUGUAUAGUCUUUUAAGGCUGUUAGUUCAACCAUACCUACCUGCAGCAGUACAAAUUUUGAGUACAAAUAUUUUUCCGAUCACCAUGAAAAAUGGUGAAGUAUUAUUUUUGUACUUGCAAGACCUGUACUGAAAGUCUGAUAGCUAAUUAGUGAAACAAGAAUCUCUCAGCAUUGUAUUAGCUGAUAAGAUGCAGUGUAUGAAUGUUCCUUUGUGUAAAUAAACGCUUACUUUCUA